AUGUGGUUUGAUGUGAAACUGAGUGGUGUGACAGUUAAAGAGCUUUAUUUGCGCCAAUGGGUUUAUGCUACACGACAUUCAAAAUAUCGAAUCAAUUGCAUGAUAAAAUACAAAGCUUAUUUUAAUAUGUGUGGGAAACUAGUCGCUGAUAACAUUAGUCGUUUCAUAAUCGAGUUCCCAAAAUACAGUUUAUUUGAAUUCUAUAGCGUAUUCUUUUUAUUUUCUACCGCUCAUAAUAGUGUUAUGGUUGAUCAAAUCAUCAAAUCCAUCUUCAACCGCUUCUUUGAAUAUAUUCGAUGCUCCAGGAGAGUCCCUUUUAGUGGCUCACAAGAUUUUCUGUUCAUUUAUAUUAAAAAUGAUGGCAAUACACAACAACAGCCUACUAUGCUGUAUUCUAUAUAUCAAUAUUUUCUUUCCAGUGAAUAG